AUGAGCAUCCUGAUUUUUGUUUCGAAAGCUGAGGAAACCGUAAAAGCAAGUGAAACCGCGAAAUCGGAUGAUCUCCAGGCUGAAGCCUCUGGUUACGGCGGAAGUAGCGGAGGCUUUAGUAGUGGUGGUUAUGGUGGAAGUAGCGGAGGCUUUAGCAGUGGUGGUUACGGUGGAAGCAGUGGAGGCUUUAGCAGUGGUGGUUACGGUGGUGGAGGAAUUAGCAGUGGUGGCUAUGGUGGAAGUAGCGGCGGAUUUGGAGGAGGUGGAUUUGGUGGCGGUGGACAUAAAAUCAGACUUUUAGCCAUCCCCGUUUCCUUUGCUACUGGCGGCGGAGGUGGUUACGGUGGCAGUGGAGGAGGUGGUUAUGGUGGCAAUGGAGGAGGGGGUUAUGGUGGUGGUGGUAGUGGUGGCAUUACUCUUUUAGGACUUGUAGGAGGUGGUGGUGGUAGUUUUGGAGGUUUCAGUAGUGGCGGAAGCUUUGGUAAGGGUGGUUAUGGUGGUGGAAGCAGCUCCGGAGGUGGAGGCUAUGGCAGCAGCAGCAGCAGUGGUGGCUAUGGUGGUGGAAGUAGUUUUGGAGGCGGUGGUUAUGGCAGCAGCAGCAGUGGUGGCUAUGGUGGUGGAAGUAGUUUUGGAGGCGGUGGUUAUGGCAGCAGCAGCAGAAAUAUUGAGAAACUAUAA